AUGUCCCUAUCUGCUUCCUGGACAGCUCAAGAGGAGCUCAGCUUCAUGAAAUUUCUUGUUGAUUAUAAGGCAGAGGCCGGUGAUGAUGGCAGUUUUAAAUCAGCUACUUUCCAAAAGGCAGCCUUACACAUUGGGCCUUUUCACAAGCGCAAAGCUAUUAAAAAUGCAAAGUCAUGCAUGAACAAAUAUUCCAUGGAUGGACAUGGGAUGACUCUACUAGUGCAUCAAUUGAUAUCCAUACGGCAUCAUCUUGGGAUGACUAUGUUAGAAUGCACCCAGAGGCUAAGCCAUUUCACAACAAGGGCUGGCCCCAGAGCUUCUUCACCAUCAUCUCAGCCGUGUACAUUGUCAUUGGUUAGAUCUGAUCGUGGUAAUUUGGGUAUUAUUUCUGCCAAGGAGUCUUCAGACUCGGAAACUGAAGAGACUUUGAAUUCCUCAACUGGGUUAAAUGCCAAGCAAAAACGAGAGCCAGCCAUGCCCACUCCAGUAGCUGCAAAGCACCAUUGUUCAUUUAAUGGUGCUGCUGCGCUAAUGAGUAUGGCUGAAUCACUUGGUGCUUUCAAUACUAUUCUUGCUAUAGCAUUUGCCCAACCUUCUACAGCACCUGUACCGGCUUCUUCCACACCUUCUAUUCCAGUUAUUUCCACUACUCCCUUAAUCCAAGCAAUUACUUCUGUUCUUACGCAUAAAAAGUCAAUCGUUUAUAUGAAGUGA